AUGGAUGCUUGGAAUAGACUUUGUGAUAUUUUCCAAGAUAACAAAAAUUCUCGUGCGGUAACGCUUGAAGCCGAGUUCUCCAAUACCAAGAUGGAGAAUUUUCCUAAUGUUUCGACUUAUUGCCAACGUCUCAAAUCCCUUGCCGAUCGAUUGAAGAAUGUUGGCGCACCGGUGUCGGAAAACCGACUUGUGAUCCAGUUGGUUUCGGGUCUCACACGAGCCUAUAGAGGUGUUGGCACGCUGAUCCGACAGAGCGACCCGUUGCCCCCCUUUUAUCAGGCCAGGUCUAUGUUGACGUUGGAGGAGGCCGGUUUUGCUAAGGAGGCCGCUACGGGAUCGAAAAUCGCCAUGAUUGCCUCCUCUCCAUCCGAGGAUAUUUGUGUUCCCAAGCCUUCCCCGGAUCAGUCGCAUCACCGUGGGAAACCUUCUGGCAACACUCGUAAAAAUGGUCGGAAAAAUGGCAGUGGCGGCCGUGGUUCAGGUGGGGGCCACGGUGGCAGUGGUGGGGGCCAUGGAGGCCCACAGCACCAGCAGCAUGGUUUCGGUCCUUGGGGGUCUCCACAAUAG